CCUUCGUUCUCAGUUUUCUUCUUCAAACACAAGACGAUAUAUAAUUAAAGAUUAAUUAAUGGGUGGCAACAGGCAGAAGAAGUCCUCUAGUAGCUUCUCCAUCUUUGGGUUGUUCAAGUCGAGGAGGUCUCAUCGCAGAGGAGGAGAUGAUCAGACCUUCGUGGAUGAUACGAGGAAAGUGUGGCCUAGUGAUGAAGACAAGCGUAACUGGGUUGCAGAGCCUGGUAUCGACAGAAAAGCUUCUGCUUUCAUCGCCAAGUUCCAUGCCACCCGCGUCUCAGAAUCCGAGCUCCAGUUUGCUCCUAAUUACCCUCCUCAUCAAAAUCCCUGAUUCAUCUUCUCAUUUCUUCUUAAUUUCUUAAUCUCUCUCGCUCCUGUAAUCGUCUAUUUAUAAUCAAGUAUAUUCCUUGUUCAUAAUCUAAUUCUCAAUUCUCUCUCUUUUUCUA